AUGGCUGAUUCGGUCCUUAGUUUAGAAGAUACACGAUCACUCAACUCUCCACGAGCCUCCAAGUCUUCGGCCACUAGACGCUUCCUUCCCUCCAGCAAAGUCCGACGACAUUCCCAUUCCGAUUCCACACGCUCACAAGUCUCGGCUGUCUCUUCGGACACCACCGGCGGGCCUCAGCCAACCAGCCUUGACGAGGUUGGUGGCUUAGACAGCGACUCCGGACUCGUCGAAGGAUCGACAGUACUCAACGCGAAUUUGAGUGAUGGUACCGAAAAAUUGACCUCUUCGUCAACCACCUAUCGUUGCCGUGACGACGGCGGAUUGACUUUGCGUCUUGAGCUCUCUCUCGGGCAUACAGCACCUCUUCUACGGGAGAUAUUUGUGGAGUUUCUGGGCUAUCUCUCCAAAACUCUGGUCGGCUCACAGGGUCAAGAACUGCUGACAGGCGGUCUGAUGGCUCUGAGGAAGACUUCAUCUGUUGUAGAACUGGUCAUGCUUUUGUGCUCUCAGGUACGUCUAGCCCUCAAUUCCUCCAUCUACUCAUGUCACCUGCACAUCUUCAUGCUUCUCUAUUGUUAUUUACACUUUCAAUAA